UUUAACUUUACAGGAAUUGUGUUUGAAUGGGAGAAAUCCCUUGAUUUAUUUUCGGCUUUUGACGAUUUUUAAAGUGCUAUUUCUACCAGUGUGUGGGCUAGGUGCUUGCUUAGUUUUCUUGACUGCGUGGGCUGAGGACGGAUCGAUCGAUACCAUUUGGGUAAUUGUAGCAAUCUUCUCUGUACUGGUAGGCCUAACAUGGAUGCAAUCCACAAGAAAGUGUUGGCUAGCAAGACAACUGUUAUCAUGAAUAGCAUUACCAGCCCAACACUGAUUGCCGCACAACUCGGCUCAGUUUUCUGCCCUUCAGAUAAAGAGGAAAUAAAGGCUACGGAAAACAGAUUGGGUUCCAUUCACGCGUCACAAACAUUGCUAAGUUUGUUGGAGAAGAGAGGACCGAAAGCUUUUGAUAAGUUUUUAACAGUCCUGAAAAAUCCAGACAAUCGUUUGACUCACUUAGCAGACGAACUCUUAGAAGCAGAGAGAGAACUGCGUGGAGAACAAGCUCCAGGACUGCCAACACCAGCAAGCCCUGAUACUCCUUCUGAAGAUGUAAACUUUGAUGAUCAACCUAAAGAAAAAAGAGAGGUGAACCCACCUUCUCUUGACUCAGGGUCUACAGAACAAUUCAGUCAUCAAGAAAGUGACAGUAGAUUGAAAAACUUGUACCAAGGCCAUGGCCAAGGUCAAGCUUUUGCUAGCAACCAGUCCUCCAGUGCUGAUAUGAAAAAUAAUGUGCUCAGUUUAGAUACACUUAUCAAAGACAUCCCCUACAAACUCCAGUUGCAGAUUGUGAAGUUAAUGGAUCCAUCAGAUGCCAAUCAUCAUGACUGGCGGGGGAUAGCCAGUGUAAUGAAUUUAAGUGCUGAUGAUGUAAGACAAUUAGAGAAUGCUCAAGACCAUGGAAAAAUGAAAGGACUGAUUGACAAGAUGAUUCAACUCAAAAAGAAUGUGAAUGAUCUCCUUGGUUGGUUAAGGAAUCCUAACGUAGCCAGAUGGGAUGUUAUUGAUGAAAUCAAAAAUUUUUCUUUCAAUAUUCCCCUUAAGUUUCUGUCACCUGAGACAGAAAGCUCAGAAGACCAAUCAUCAGAUUCAGCAAGUACUGUAACAUUUGGAGAAAGCUUUCUCCCAGAGCCAAAAUCUGAAUUGAAAGCAGUACCUAUACAAGAACACAGUCCAGAGCUUGAUGAAAAACCUGAUGCUCGAAUUCCAACACAAGAAGAGGAUUCUAAAGACUAUCAACAAAAACGUAACUGUAAGACAAGUGCUAAUCCAGUUCAUGAAACUCUCAGGAAAGGGUCCAAUUCUAAAUUGCAUGCAGUACCAGCACAAGAACAGAGUCAAGAGCCUGAUGAAAAACCUAAUGCUCAAAUUCCCACACAAGAAGAGGAAUCUGAAGGCUAUCAAAAGAAGGAUGGCAGUAAAAAUAAUUUGUCUACACCAACUCAGGAAGAAGGCAAAGAUGAAAAAGAAUUCGACAACAAAUCUGAUGAUCAGACGCCUACCCAAGAGGAACAAACCAAUAGUAUCUCUUCUGUUGAAGAUGACGAUGUGUUUGAAAAUUCAGAUGAUGGCAAAAAGGAAUUCCGUCCUCUCUUAAUAAGUUGCUGUGGAAAUGAGGAACAGGACCAUGAAAAAAAGCUAAGGGAGCUGCGUGAAAUCCUUGAAGAGUGUUGGGAGGAUACAGAUGUCCAAUUUAAAAAGAAGGUCAAAGAGCAAGAUUUGAGCAAAACAAUCCAUUCAUUUAUAAAAGCCAGUGAGUCUGGGGCAAGAAAAAGUGUUUACUUUGCUUAUUUGGUUGGACCCACAGUUCAGAUAAAUGGGGAAAACUACCUUCUUCCAAUUGAUCUAAAGAGUCCUUCCUCGCGAGCUGACCUUAUUCACAGUUCAUUGAAUAUCAACUGGCUGGUUAAGCAACUGAGCAAGAAAUAUAUGCAAGUAGUGAUAGUCGAUGGAGCUUAUGAGAAUCCUGUCGUGAAAGAUUGUUUAAAAUUAAAUGGAGUUCUACCAGGAUUGGCCCCGAUUCAGCCACCGCCAAAUGCAUUCAUUGCAUUCCCAUGCCACCCAGGAAUUGUAAGAAAAGGAGAAGAAGAACGACUAGCCUUCAUUACAAGCCUUGUAAAAAAGUUGGAAGGCGAACCAAACGUGAUGCUGGCAGAUCUUUUUGACCAAGUGAGAGCAGACUUAGAGCGCAAAUCUCUCAGUCCUUCAGUGGAAUUCUCCUUAAUCUCGUCUCCACUACCAAUCUGCAUCAAUUCGGAAGCAAGUCAAGAAAUUCAAGUAAAUUCUCCAGUUGAGAUGAAACGCCAUGCCAUAUUAGUUUCAAACUUCAGUGGGCCAACUGCUGAGGCGAGCACAGAUCGUUGUCUCAAGCGGGACCGUGAACAACUUCGAAUGGCCCUGUUAAAAUCUGGAUGGGAAUGUGAGGAUUUUUGUGACAAGUUUGCUAAGGAUGUCAAAGAAAAUCUAAGGAGGACAUUGACCAAGCUGGCUGAUGGUGAAAAGAAAGAAGUUAUGCUCUAUUUCAUGGGACACACCAAAAUGAUAAUAGACUGUAACUAUUUUUACGGAGGGGAUAUAGAGGCUCUUUUAGAAGAUCCAUACCGCUCGGGUGUAUCGCUUCAAUGGGUGUUGGAUCUCAUGUGUGAAAAAAUUCAUGGACCAAAACUAUUGGUAGUAGAUGACGUGGGCUCAAACCCCAACAACCCAGAAGAACUGGCGGAGAUGUCCGUACCUUUCGAUGUUAUGAUCAGUUUACCACGAAAAGACAGGCCGCGUGCAAGGAGUUUCACCAACAAUUUUGCGCGUCUGCUGGGUGAAAACUCAACGAAGUUGUCUUUGAAGGACAAGUUGGAAAAAGCUGCGAUGAAGGACCCUCACCGGCUCAACUCAAAUUUAUUAGAACCCAGAUAAGAUAGUUGCAUCAAAAAAAAAAUUUACAUAGUGUAGCUUUAAAAGCCAAUUUUUAUUAAUAUUUAUUGAAUUCACAGAGUGAAGUGGAGUAUGGUAGAGUAGAAUAUCGAUUGGACGCAUUUAACCACGAAGCAGUCAAAGUAUAAAAUAUUCUGAUUAUAAGCUGAUCCUCUCAUUGAUGAAAGCGAUGUUCUUGAAUUAUUUUGACGACUAGUUUUAAAUGUGCACUUUUAUGAAAGGUAGCGUGUGACAUUUAUAAUCAAUUCGCGAUGCGAUCAUAUUUAACUAAUCAUUUUAAGCCGAGCACGAAAGUUUUUGCCGCGUCAGCAAGUACUCACGUGUUAUCUUUCCCAAAGUGCAUUAUUGGCAGAAGCUGCCUUAAGUGACGCCUGUGUUUUAGCGAAUACAGAGGUUUAUCUUGGAAUAGCGAAAGCGGAAUGCACGAAAAUUAAGAUUCAGUAAAUUUAUUGUCUCGGAAUCAGCUUAGUUUCAUGCAUGGAAACUGAAAAUCAUCUUAUCUCAUAGUUAUAGGGGUACUUUUUUUUUUAAUUGUGCAGUUUCGUUGUUGUUUUUGAUUUUUAUAAUACUUCAAUUCAUAUUAAAAGGGGACAAUAUUGGUAACCUUUUCCAGUUCACUUGCAGAAAUAUACGUUUUGUUAAGCUGGGGAACUUAAUAGAAAGAAGGAACAUUAUAAUAUUUUAACAUACAUUUCUUCCCUUCCUUUGUAAUUUUCGUUAAGUGGAAGAAAACAGUUUUCAAUUAUUGCUUGCUGGAGUAGACAAACUCCACAUAGUCCUGAAUAGUCUGAGAUAGAACAAGAGUUUUUAAGGAUAGGUAAUAUUAAAACGGAUUGCAAACCUUGAUCUACUAAAGGCAGCCGGAAUGGUCAAUGUGAUUAGGGCAGUUUUUGAGUGUCGAUAACGAAAAGUUAAGUAAUUCCAGAACAAUAACCAUAACAUACAUAUGUUCCAGAAAUUCGUUUUCUGUGCGUGGUACUGUUUUCAGUUUCAUCCUUUGGGCUUUCAAUUCACAAAUGAUAAACUGAAUUCUUCCGCGGACCUUUUUUUAAUGAGCCUGACAGCCUCAUUAGGUGGCUAAUAAAAAAAAUCCGUUUAAUAGGGAAAACCAAAUGAAAUCGUUGGUUUUUUAUCAGGUUUGAUUUACGCAUCACAAUUUUUAUUUAGUCUACGAUUUACUGUUUCUCACGUGUUUGAAUUUUAAUUAUAUGCUCGAAACUGUGUUAAACAGUUUCUAUCAUGGGGGAUUACUAACCAGUAAACAUUACAAUUCCUUAGAACAUACCUUAUAAGAAUUAAACUGGCACAUCUUUAUCACA